AUGGAGAUGACAACAUUAUUCAGUAAUAGCAAUAGCACCUCUAGUAUUAGUAGUAAUACAACAACACAGGAUGGUGGUGGUGAUUAUGAUAAUAACUAUUAUUCUGAUAUGAGGUCAACGAAGAGUUAUAUUGGGAAAAUUAGAAAGACCUUCCGAAUGAGAAGUGGCAGACACAUUGUAGCAUUGAGACAAUUUCAAAUUGCUCUUCAACAACAGGAGAGAAUCAAUCAGAGACAACAAGCAGCCACUGUUGCUCCUCCAGUUCUAGUGAAUGCUACAUCUAACUCUUUCAAUUUUGAUAACAUUCUCAAAUUGAUAGUACCCCUCUUGCAAAAUUACAUUCCAAUGGGUAGUAGUAGUAACACAACCACCAACAAUUCAACGAGUGCUGAUUGUCAACAAUUGAUUUUGGCUGCUCUGAUUGAAAUGAGAAAUUCCAUUUCCUCCAAUUCAUCUUCUUCCUCCUCCACUAAUGUAACACCAUCCACACAACCUCCAUCCAUUCCAUUAUCCUCAUCCUCUACAAACACAACAAACAAUCAAUCAUUGAACAAUAGCACCACCACCACUUCUACUACUAAUUCCCCAUGCCAAUGUAUUCAUUGCCAACUUCAAUUAUAUAUCAAAGCAACAGUGACCAAAGUAUUUGAAAACUUGCUCUUGGCAAAGGAAUUGAAAGAGCACAGAACGGCUCACACCAUGACCUGUCAAGAGAAGGAAAUAAUCUCAAAAGACUUGCUAGAAUCUGAAGAAUUUUCAGAAAGAAUACGAUUGUUUCAAUCGUUGAAUAAUUCUUCACUGAUACAAGUUGAAUCGAUAGUGAGAAAUAAUAUGGAGUUGCUUGUCAUGAUAUCCAAUGCGAUACCUCAACAACGUUCAGUCUACAUUGCAUCCUUCGAUUUGCCAACAACGAAUAAAUAA